AUGGUGCAACUGGUAGGAGUCCUAUUCCGGAAGAGGUACCUGAAGCUUGACACUGAAGGAGCUGACGGCUUGAUUCUUCAGCAGUUGUCGGAGCUGCCAUCGAAGCCGACAUACAUGUCUCUUGAGCUGAACAGCCUCAACUACAUCUUGCAGGCAUCCCAGCUUGGCUAUCGGGACUUCAAGGUGGUGCCGCAAAGCCGUCACAAAGCCGAACAUCUCAAGGAUGAGCAUGGAAGGCCAUUGACACAUGCUGGCGAUUUCGGCGAGGAUGCGUCGGGAGUGGAUGGAGCGGCUUGGAGGGAUGAAGGAACCACGCUGGAUCUUUGCCGCAGCUUGUGUUUGGUUCACGAUGCAAGCGCCGACGCACCAAGCUUCGCUGCCGGGCCCGCCAGGUAUGUGGACCGAGACUUCGCCACAUUGAGGGCAUGUUUUCCCAUCGAGAGCAAGGAUGACGAGGAGUGGUACGACAUCCAUUGUCGGCACAGCUCUGCUGGCGCCAGCUUGAAGAGCAUGCGCACAAUGAGCGAGGCCGGUGACCCGGAGCUGAGUCGGAGACUCCUCUUUGUCGGGGGAAUUUUUGGGUGGAUCUUCAUCCACCCAGUGAACACCCUGGGCAUUAGGAUGAACCUCGCGAGUAUGCAGAAUCCGGGUGUGAAGCUGAGCCUGGCCACCUUCGCUGCGGACACAGUCAAGAAGUCCGGCUUCUCGAGCCUUUACAAUGGCUUGGGCGCUGGCAUUUGGAGACAGGUGUUCUAUGCUAGCAGCCGCUAUGGCCUGUUCCAAGUCUUCAGGGAUACCCUUUCCCAGUAUCGGGAGAUGGACUUUGGAUCGCGACUCUUCUGUGCGACAGCUGCUGGCGGGCUGGCAGCACUGUUUUCGUGCCCUUGUGAGGUUUCCCUUGUUCGGCUCUCCAACGAUGCCACCCUGCCAGAAGCGGAGAGGAGAAACUACAAGGGUGUGAUCGACUGCGCGCAGCGUAUUGCGCGAGAAGAGGGUGUCACUGCCUUUUGGCGCGGGAGCACGCCUUUCGUUACCCGAGCUUGCCUGGUCGGUGCGACGCAGGUUGCAACAUAUGACCAGUUCAAGACCAUCUACGGCAGCUUUGGAAUCAAGGGAAGCUCCAAUGUGGUCGCUUCCUCCUUCACUGCUGGCCUGGUCUACUCCAUCAUUACCAUGCCUUUUGAGUCCGCGAAGAAUCGCAUGGCUUCGCAAAAGCCAGACCCAGAAACGGGCAAGCUUCCGUACCGUGGCACAAUGCAAACCAUCCAGGCAGUCGCAGGUAAAGAGGGCGCAGCUGCUCUCUACAACGGUUUCAUGCCAUACUGCCUGAGGUGUGGAGGACACACUGUGCUGAUGUUCUUUGCCGUGGAGGAGUUGCAGAAAUGGCCACCUGCAGUUCGAAAGUGCAUUGAUCUGACAGUACGAGUAGCAGCCACACUGCAAACAGAGGUACCGAAAGUAUGCCUGAGUUGGAGCGGCGAAUGCCAAUGGCUCGGAAGCGCCACCCUUACUGAUUUAGAUGUUUCUGAAGCACCAUGUCUUGCACCGGCUACAUGGCUCCAAAGAGGGGACCGCAGCGGCAGAUAA